AUGGUAUGCAGCAUCCAACUUAUAAUUAUUCGUGCUUUACGAAAAGCUACAGCAUUAACAAUAAAAAAUAAAAUUAAAGAAAGUGUUGUUAAUAUUAAAUCGAACGAAAUGAUCCUAACUUUACUUAAUAUUGAACUUGAAUUAAAAGUUAAACGUGAUAAUGCUGAAAUUCGUCUUGAUAAUGUUGCCAUGAAGCUGUUUUUUUUCUUGAAUGGAAUUUUUUCUUUAUUGAAAGUAUUUAUAUAUACAUAG